AUGAGAAAGAGAAAGCACGUUGGUUUCCGAUCACGGAAAGGCCCCAAAAGGCUCAAGUUACAUUCUGGACAUACCAAAAAGGAUUUUUCUUCCAAUUCACAAAAUAAAUAUGCAACAAGUAGCAGAAAAAUUGAAGAAAAGGAUGUAGAUUUUUCUUCUUCUUCUUCAUCAAAUGAAGAAGAAAACCCACUCAAACAACUGGUUUUUGAUCUCUGCAAGGAUUCUAACCAAACCCAAGAAGAUGAGUUAUCAGAUGAAUUUGUGGAAGACAGUAAUGAAGAAAUUGAAGAGGAGCCAGAAGAGGCUGUAGGUGAAAUGGGAGAGGAGGAGGAAGAGACAGAAAGUGAAGAGAAUGAUAAUGGAGAGGGUACAGAAAGUGAAGAGGAAAAAGAGGAUGAUAAUGGAGAGGAGGAAGAUGAACAUGUAGAAGACUUUGAUGAGGAAGAGGUGGAGGAAACAUUUGCCAGUUCCUCUGAAGAAGAUUCAGGUGCUGAAACUGAGGAGGACAAUGAAAUUGCUGCUUCUUCUGGAAAAGAUCAGUUUGUUGUCCAUUUUGAAUCUUUGAUACCGGAUAAGUAUGUGGAAAAAUUAGAUAGUGGCAAAGGAUGGCAAAAAAAACAGCUUAAGCUUACUUUUGGAAAAAGUAUUUGUAUCUGGAAUGAGGAUAAGUUUAAAGCAGAACUUUUGAAAAAUCCUGAAAACAAUCUUCAAGAGUUACAUGUGAAACAAAAGCUUAUUAAUAAUUUGGAAAAGGCUAAUACUGUGGGAGAUGAAACCACAGAUUCCUUUUCUCCUUUCCAGAAUCAGUUGUUUCAAGUGAUCAAUUCUUAUCAGGAUUUUUAUUAUCCACAAAAAAAUCUUGAACAGUCAGCAGAGGUAGAAAUGGUCUAUUCUUUGCAUGUGAUAAAUCAUGUUCUUAAAAGCAGAACUCGGGUCCUUAACAACGAUAUCAAAUUAAAAAACAGUGAUGAUAAAGACAGUACAGAAGAAUUUCUUGACCAAGGUUUAACAAGACCCAAAGUGGUGAUUGUGGUGCCCUUCAGAGAAACAGCUCGACGUAUAGUAUCUAAUUUCAUAAAACUCUUGGGCAAUACAGAAACACAGACUGACAGUAAGAAAAGAUUUUUUAGUGAAUACAGCCUACAAAAAGAGGAAGUGAUUAAUGCAAAAAAACCAGAAGAUUACAAAACUAUCUUUGCUGGAAACACAGAUGAUCAUUUCCGUAUUGGCAUAAGUUUAUCUCGAAAAAGGUUUAAGCUUUAUACCAAGUUCUAUUCCUCUGAUAUCAUCAUUGCAUCUCCUCUUGGAUUAAGAACCAUUAUUGGUCCUGAACAAGAUAGCAAGAAAGAUUAUGAUUUUCUAUCGUCCAUAGAAAUAUUGAUACUUGACCAAACUGACAUUUUCCUCAUGCAAAACUGGGAUCAUUUAAUGCAUGUAAUGGAUCAUCUACAUCUACAACCAAAGGAAUCUCAUGAUUGUGAUUUUUCAAGAGUUCGACUUUGGUCUCUAAAUGGAUGGUCAAAGUAUUAUCGACAGACAAUAAUCCUGAGCAGUUUACCCAGCCCUCCUAUUAGUUCAAUCUGCCAAGUUGCACUGCAAUUACCAUUAGUUUUUCACAAAGUAGAAUCUAUGAGUUAUGCCAAAUUGGCUGAUGUCCGAUUUAAUAUGUUCAUCAAAAAGAUCCUCCCUAAAUUUAAAGGCAAUGCUGCAAUGCGUAGCACUAUGGUUUUCAUUCCAUCAUAUUUUGACUUUGUUCGAAUUAGAAAUUAUUUCAAUAAAAAAGAAAUCAAAUUCUUGCAGAUCAAUGAAUAUUCAGAUGAGGAUGAAGUUGCUAAAACAAGGAGCCAAUUUUUCUUGGGCCAAACUCAAUUCCUUCUCUACACAGAACGACGUCAUUUCUACUUCAGACCCAAGAUUCGUGGAGUCCGUCAUGUCAUAUUCUAUGAACUUCCCUUGUAUUCACACUUCUUCAGUGAAGUCUGCAACAUGAUGUAUGAUUCCAAAAGUAAAAAGAGUUCCAAAAAUGAUGUCACAGGUACUGUUUUGUACAGCAAAUAUGAUGCCCAGCGCCUUGGUGGUGUUGUGGGCACAGACCGAGCAGCAAUCAUGAUCAACUCCCCCAAGGCUGUUCAUAUGUUCGUCACAGAUUCAGGAUGA